AUGGAAUCCCUUAAAUCUGCAAUUAACGCUAUGAGAAAAGAUUAUUUUAUGGCCUCAGUUGACCUAGCAGAUGCUUUCUACUCCAUAACCAUUAGAGAACAGGACCGGCGUUAUUUCCGAUUCUACUUCAAUGAUAUAAAAUAUCAAUUUACAGCAUUAGUUAUGGGGUAUUCAUCCAGCCCUCGAAUUUUCACAAAGAUACUGAAACCUGUGUUCGCUUAUCUUAGGUCAUUAGGUCAUGUUAGUGUUUAUUUCAUUGAUGAUUCUUGGCUAGUAGGAGAUUCUUAUCAGUCAUGUAUGCGUAAUGUGAACGAAACUGUGCACUUAAUGGAUAAACUCGGAUUAACGGUAAAUCAGAAAAAGUCGGUGCUAGAACCGUGUAAAAAGCUUAUCUUUUUAGGCUUCAUACUGUGUUCUGAAUCCAUGACAGUUAAACUAACAUUUGAAAAGGGGGAAGAUAUAAUUAACCUUUGUUCGAAAGUACUAAACACCAAACGAAUCACUAUUCGUGUCUUUGCUAAACUUAUCGGGAAACUCACGGCGGCUGAGCCGGGAGUUAAACAUGCACCACUAUAUAUCCGACCGCUUGAAAAAAUAAAAGAGAAUGAAUUAAAACUUCACAAGGGAAAUUUCGACAAUUUCAUGAAUGUACCGCAGUCAAUACAUACAACCUUACUUUGGUGGAUAGAAAAUAUACAGAUUAGUUUUAAAAAUAUUUUGUCGCAAGAUCCGAACACUGUUAUAUACACUGACGCUUCAUUAAAAAUGUUCGGGGCAUUCAAUGAAACUAACGGUCAAAAAACAAAUGGUUUCUGGUCGCAUGAAGAACAAAAACUUCAUAUAAAUAUUUUAGAAAUGAAAGCUUGUGAAAUUGGCUUACGCACUUUUUGUAAAUCUUCUAAAAAUAUUCUUGUGAAAUUGUAUACGGACAAUACAACAUGUUGUUCGUACAUUAAUAGAUAUGGAGGUAAGGUUCGAGCUCUCGACGAUAUUGCACGAAGAAUAUGGUUCUGGUGCGUUGAAAGAAAUAUUAUGUUAACGGCAGCCCAUAUUGCUGGCGUAUCGAACACACACGCUGACAAACUUAGUAGAACUGGAAAUGAUGAUAUUGAAUGGUCUUUAGAACAAGGAAUUUUUGAUAAAAUCUUAAAACAUCACCAGAACAUUUAA